GUCUCCGCAAUAAACCCGGGAACCCAGUAUAAAUACGAUUUUCUCUUUUCUCUUGUCAAGGGUCCAUAGGGACUUCUUCAAUCAAUAUCACGACAGGAAAUGGUGCGACUCACAACCUUGACCCUGCUGGCUGGGGCUGUUUCGCUCUCCUCGCAGAGCGAGGCUCCAUACUAUGCCAAUCUUACCUGGGAGUCACCUCGGACGCUGUCCAACUGGAGCAAUCUGACUGUCGAGACCCAGACUGGAACCUUUAUCGGGAUGUACAACGACACCUAUCCGAACGUCCGCCAGUUUUUGCGCGUACCUUAUGCGCAGCCCCCUGUCGGCGAUCUCCGGUUCCUGCCUCCGCAAAAGCCCUUCAGAUCAAACAAACGAAUCGACUCGACGCGUUACGGCCCAGCCUGUGCGCAGUACGUGGGGUCGACGCUCUCGCUAUGGAACGAAUACGAGCCUCCGAAUCAGCUUCUCAGUAUCGGCGAGCGUCUAGAUCAGCCCUCUACGGCGUGGUCCUCUGCAGAAGACUGCCUCUCGAUGGCUGUUUGGACACCCGCCUAUGCCAACAAGACCUCCAAGCUGCCCGUGGCCUUGUUUCUUCCUGGCGGCGGCGGCACGACGGGGGGUAUUGAGGUUCCCUCGCAGCUCCCGGCGCACUGGGUGUCUCGGUCUCAGGAGCAUAUCGUCGUUACGAUGAACUACCGGCUGAACAUCUUUGGCAAUCCCAAGUCGAGAGCCUUGAAUGAAACUUCCAUCUCCUUGCUCGACGUCCGAGCUGCCAUGGAAUGGGCCUACGAAAACAUUGAGGCGUUUGGAGGGGACCCGGAGAAUAUUAUGCUCUGGGGACAAUCCCAAGGGGCCAUCCUGACCCACCUGUACACUCUGGCAUUCCCGGAUGAUCCGCUGGCUUCCAAAUUCGGCAUCAUGUCCAUGGGAGACUCGGGUUUGGUGGAUGUCAGCACGACAGAGGACGUGUACGAAGAUUUUGACAUCGUUGCCAAAGCACUUGGCUGCAACUACGGAGACGACGCCGAGGCCGAGCUGGAAUGCAUGCGUCAAAUAUCUUGGGUUCAGCUUGAAGAGUUCAUCAACCGAUAUGACGGGACCCCGUCGAUCAGCUUUGGUGACUACAUCCCUGAUGAACGGUACAUCUUCUCCAAUUCAACCGAGCGGUACGUGAUGGGCAAAGUCGCCCGCGGCCCAGCGAUCCGGUCCGACGUGGCUCGCGAAUGGCCCAGCGACAACGUGACGAGCAUCCUUGUUGGCCAGGAAUUCUCCGACUGUCUUGCCCGAAGCGAUUCAGAGCUGCGCGCCUCGCUGGGGCUGGACACGUACCGCUACUACUACGCGGGCAACUUCAGCAACAUCAGUCCAGUCCCCUGGUUGGGUGCCUUUCACUGGACGGACAUGCUCAUGGUCUUCGGCACGUACAUGCUGGACGUGGGGGAGAUCCCGCAGUUGGAAGUCGAUACGUCGCAGACGAUGCAGGAUUACAUCCUGGCGUUCCUGAAGGACCCGACGACGCUUCCGUCAACGGUGGGGUGGCCAGUCUUUGACGCGGAGGCGACGGACGGGGGUCUGAUCCUGGAGUUUGGCAAUGGGACGGCAGUCAAGAACAUUACUGGUGACUGGUUGGAUGGGGGGUGUUGGAACUCGUCGAUCCCCCUUCGAAUUUAUGGGUGAAUGGGAUUGAUACAUAGAUAUAUGUAUACUGAUGCU